AUGGAGACAACGAACGAUACUAGUAAUCUUCUGGAUCUACCAGAGGAACUCCUGCGCAAGAUCUUCUGUGAUUAUUUGAGCGCGGUCUCGGAACGCCAUUCUCUUCAAUGCGUCAACAAGCGAUUCCAGGCACUGACCAACUCGACCAAGAUGAAGCAGGCUCUACAGAUUUUGCCGCCAUUGGUGGAUGCUUCAGAAUUAACAGACGCUGACUUCGACGAAGAGUGCUCCGACGACUCUCCUCCAAUCACCUCCAGUUUUAGUUGUUUCUUGCCAGAAGAUACAGCCAUGAUGGCCAUUCAACGAUAUCUCCCGUUCGCUCAAGUGGGAAAUCCUGAUGCCCUUUAUCUCUUGGGCCUCAUUGCAACCUAUGUGGAAGACGAUAUCCACACUGGAUUGGCUCUGUUCGCCACUUCACUCGACUCCACAGGUGCAGCACAACCUCAAAAGCAGCGGCUUGGUCGCUCUCAGUUUGAAUUGGGACUCACUCUUCGGCGAAAGCGCAAUUUUCAAGAAUUGGGAGAGCAAAUUAUCCAGCAGACGGCCUUGGCUGUAGGCCAUCCGCACGCUCUCCUUGCCACUACGGAGUGCUCCAGACGAUCUCAGCACGAGGAACUGUACAAAGCUUCGGAAAACGAGACAGCCAUGACACGCAACAUGAUUGGAUUGCAAUUUUUGCUCAACAAGAAACCCAGACCACCCAGGAACGUCAAACUUGAGUUCUGCGGUCAUCCCGCUUGUCCUCGACGAGGAUACAAUACGCAGGUCCGCUAUGCGCGACAUUGGGUCAAAUCCAAGGGAUUCACGUCGGGAUGGGAAAAUUGUCGAGCAGAAAUCAUGGACAGCUGUGCGACUGCCGGACUUGCCAAUUUGCCAGACGCCGUUCAACAUGGAGUUUACUGCGUGCCUUCCUUUUGUGCGUGUAUCCGAUGUGGACGGAAAUUGUACUGCAGCAGAGCUUGUCAACGAUUGCACUGGAAAGAUCACAGGGCGAGUUGUCGACAACCGAGGCGCAUGGCCGCGGCAUUUGGAAGACCGCAGAUCGUUCCCCAGGGUCCAAGGGCCGGUCAACCUGGUAGGCGUAUUCCAUUCCAACGACUCGUUCGGGAAAUUGCAGACGACUUUCGGCAUGACCUACGCUUUCCAGGCGGGCCGCCGUAA